AUGCGAGUCCGCGGUGCUGAUUCGAGCUCGAGUGACGGUGGAAAUGCGGGUAACGCGAAUGUGGAUGCACCUGCACCACCACCACCGCCGACAAACGCGCCUGCUUCAAGCUCAAUACAGCUGGAGGCGCAGGUUCAGGUGCAGGUGCAGAGAACGGAUACACCGACGACAAUGACGCGCUUGAUGGGCGGCGCGCCGCCUGCGUAUACGCUGUACCCCGUGCAUAACAGCCACAUGCCCCCUCCUCCUCCUCCUCCCGCUCUGUCUGCGUCAGCUCCUGCUCCUGCUCCUGUGUCUACGUCUACACAGGCACAGUUACCUGUCCCAACACUACAAACCCCCCGAACACGCACACGAACGCAGACUCAAACGCAGAAUCUCCCAACUCUCCCCGCAGUACCGUCCACGUCGACACCGACAUCGAUCCUAGCAGGCACGCGCCCGCGGCCGCGCUCGUCGUCGCUUGCGGCUCUUGCUGGUACACCUGCGAAAUCGACCUUUGCGUCUCCGCAGGCCAAUUCGAGGGAGAUGGACAAGGGGAAGGGGAGAGCGGGUAUGAAGAGAACGACGUUUGCGCCGUUGCCUUUUGUGGUGCGCUCGAAGGGUGAGAGGGGUGUGGGUGGAGGUGUGGGUGCGGGUGUGGGUGCGGGUGGGUGUGAGGGAUGUGCGAGGACGGGGGCGGAUGGGAAGGAGGAUGGGGAUGAGGGUGUAGAUGGGAAUGGAGAUGGAGGGGUUAAUGCUGCUGCUGCUGCUGCCAGCGCGGGUGCGGGUGGUGGUAGUGGUGCAGGUGCAGGUGCAGCGAGACUAACGAUCGCUGCGCGCGCGGCGAUGAAACGCUCGUGGGAUGACGCGGAGGAGAAGGAUGUUCAUGAGAAGAAUGUGGAGGAUAUCGAGAAGGAUGCAGAGGAGAAGGAGGCGGAGGAGGAAGCUCGUCGCGCGCGGUGGGUGCAGUAUUUAGGGCAGGGUGUCGAAGUUGGGGUGUUUGAUUUCGAGGAUGAGGAUGAUCAUGAUCAUGAGCAUGAGGGUUUGGGUGUGGGUGAGGCUGAUUUGGGCGUGCUUGGCGAAGGUGCGGGUGUGGGAUCGCAGGAGGCUGGGGAUGAAAGAGGGGGCGAGAGCCGGAAAUCGUACGCGCAUGAGGAAGGCUUGGAGAGAGCUAAGAUGGAGAGGAUGCGGAAGGUUGUGCUUAGUGUGCUUUAUGACGACGACGCCGAGGAGGAGGAGGAGGUUGAGAUUGAUGUUGAUGGUGUGAGUGACGACGAGGACGCCGAGGCGGGGUAUGAAGGACGAUUCAAGGAAGAUGAGGAAGUAGAGGAGGAGGAGGUGGGGGGUAAAGGGGGCAAAGUGGUGUGUGUCCCCCAAAAGACGACGACGACGACGACGACGCGAACACACCCGCGCCCGCGCCCGCGGUCGCAUUCGAUGGUGCUCACGCUCCCUGAACCCGUUCCGCUCUCUGUACCUAUUACUUUACCCGUACCCGUUCCCGGACCCGCACCUGGACCUGGGUCGACACCUGGGCGGACGCCUGCGAGCGGGGAUGAGAUGCCCAAGCUGGGUGGAGACAAUUUAGACGCAGACGCGGAUGCGGCGCGUUCAUGUGCUCUGCUUCAUCUUCGUCAUCGUCGUGAUGUUGCUGUCGAGGCGUCGGCGUCGGCGGCGGCGGCUGUGACAGCGGUGGAUGCAGAGAUGAAAACGGAGCCUCAGCCAGAAACGGAGCGCCAGACAAAAACGGAGCGCCAGACAAAAACGGAGCGCCAGACAAAAACGGAGCGCCAGACAAAAACGGAGCGCCAGACAAAAACGGAUCCAGAGCCUCAGCCAAAAAAGGAGGCAGAUCCAAAGACGGAGCAAGAACCCGCGGAAAGCGAAAGCGAAAGCGAACGGGCGCACUAUGUAGAUGGCACGACGGCGCUGAGCGCGCGCCAGAUGCGUGCUGCGUGGGUGUGGAUGCGUGGGUGGCUUUGGAUGGGGGUUGGUGUUGGGUCUGCGUCUGGGGUUGGGGUUGGGGUUGGGGAUGAGUAUGGGGAUGAGGGUGAUGGGGAUGGGGAUGGGGACCGUGAGCAAGAGGAUGAGGAUGAGGAUGAGGAUGAGGAUGAGGUGGAUGAAGGUAGACAAGGCCGUACGCGUACGCGUACGCGAGACGAUCCGACCGCGCACGCGCAUGCGCAUGGGUGUAGGCGGCAUCAAACCCAAACCAAAAUCCAAAAGCGCGCUACUAGGCGAACACCACCACUGCAGCAGCAGCAGCAGCCGCGGAGGAACGUGCGUAUUCGCGUGAUGAGUGCGCGUGAGAGGAGGGAGGACGCGCUUAGUCUUGCGUUGGGGUAUUUGGCGCUUUGUCGGGCUCAGGCGGGUGGUGGUGGUGAAGAGGGAGGGGAGGAGGAAGUGCAGGCACAGGACGAGGAGGAGAAGAGGGUGCUUGAUGUCCUUGCUGAGGAGAUAUCCCUCUCAAACGAAGGCAAACGAACGCGCGCAGAUGGAGAGAGCCAGGAGCGGGAGGAUGAAGGCCAAGGAGGAGAAGAAGACGAAGACGGAGAUGAAGACGAAUACACGGAUGUGCAUAAGAUAUGGAUGCGCAUGAUGGAUGUGGGCGUCGAAGAGCGUCGGGCGCGGUCUCAUUCUCAUUCACACUCUCGUUACGACGACGACGACGAGGAGGAGGAGGAUGAGGAAGGCCGAUGCAGGCUUGGCAGUUAUAGUAGGAGCCGCAGCCGGAUGAGCAUGCGCAUGCGGAGCGUGAGCCGUGCGCGAGGUGUGGGACAAGAACAAGGACGAGGACGAGGAAGGGGACAGAGAAGCCUGAGCCGCGCGCGUGGGGUGGACGGUGGUGAGUUUGCUCAUGGUGAUGUGGAUGCGGCGAGCUCGGACGAGGAGGGGGAAGGGGAGGGGGAGGAGAAGAUGAACCUUGGUGUGGAUGUUGAGGAGGUUGUCGUCCUUGGAGGUGAGGUGAUGGAGCAGCACGUUCAGCUGCAGCCUCAGCAUCAGCCUCAGCCCAUGCAGGUGCAGGCGCAAGCGCGCGAAGAGGAGAUUGACGCGCAGGAGCGUGAGCAGCUUAUACAAUUACAACUAACUCUAGAAAAAGAAGAAGACUCUGAGCAAAACAACGACGACGCGGACGCGGAUGCUGCUCAUCCAAUAAAUUUCAAUUCACAGACACGACCAAAAGAAGUGUCCCGCCCACCGUCUGGGUACGAAGACGAGUACGAGAACGCGGCGUAUAAAUUCAUGGAUGAGGAUGAGGAUGAUGGUGGGUAUGGACUUGGUUACGGUAUGGGGAUGGGGAUGGGGAUGGGGCUCGGGCUCGGGCUUGGAUUGGGACUUGGAGGCGGCGAUGGCGAUGGCGAUGAUGAUGUUGGAGGCUUCGAUUUGAACAUCAAUAACCACAGCAACAAUAACCACGCGUAUGUACCUCCACAGAUCAGGGUCGGCGCGAGUGGGAGCGGUGAGGAAAGGACGCCUGUGCCGCCGCCUUUGGCGCCUCCUCCUGCGCUCAUGGAACCUUCGAUUGAAGUUGAAGUUGUGGAAGAGGAUGCGAUAGCGCUAGCGCCGGUGCCGACAUCUAAUGUUAAUGCGGACACCAACGAAAAUGCGCACGCCAAUGCCGAUGUGGAUGAUCAGCGAGGUAGAACGAAGAACCUGGUCGUUCCAGCUGCACGGGGCCAAUACCCGCUCUCGAAUGUCAGCACGAAGCCGCUCGCAGCUGUACAUGUCCAGGUGCCUGUGUCUGUGUCUGUGUCUAUGCCUGUACAGCAGCAAACCCGGCGUGUCGGGGAAAACAACCCUCGCAAUGUCGCUGGCGCUAGCGGACUGUAUGUGACGCAGAGGCAGAGGCCAGGGCAUCAUAGAGAUCGCCAUGAAUAUGAGUAUGGAGAAGAUGGUGUGCGGGAGGAGUGGAGGGGUGUGUUGUCGUUUGAUGGGCUUGCGAGGGUUGCGA